UUUCGGAGGUCCUGCUUGCGGCUUACUGUAGUGAUUAUGAUAUUCCAAACAACGUGUUUCUUGCAUGUUACCUGCAUUUUGUGCUCGCCGUUGAGCUUGUGCAUCCCUCAGUAGCGGACUUUAAACGAACCCAUGAGAUCGACUUUCAGAACGUUUCUUAGUUCGAUACAUCUUGGUUCCCGACCACCAAACAAUUCAUCUACCUUUCAGGCCACCGACUGUGGCAUGGUCACUCAAGGUGUCGGUUCUAUCAGUUCUCCCAUCGUCAUCUCAGACGAUGAGGACGAAGCUAUGAUAGACCUUCAGCUGCGAGUUGAUUCGGAUUCUGUGGACAGUGACCAGAAUGAUCAACCGCGUACUCCACCAGAUGAUAAUUCAGAGGAGCUUUCCACGGCAAGCAAGGGCUACGCUAUGGCCCUGAAUAUGGGCUAUUGCCCAGGCCGCGGUCUAGGACGCGGCCUCGACGGUCGAGUGGAGCCUGUGUGUCUUGAGGUUGGUCAGAAACGCAAACGGGUGGACAGUGGUAUUGGAUUCCAGCGAUCCCAGCUUUACGCGACUGGCUGGCCACCGAGGAAAGGUGAUGGUAAGCUAAACAAGAAAUGGAGAAAGGAACAGCAUACGUUUGGAGCUCCACAGCGAAGUUCUGGGUCCCAGCAGCAUUGCACGUUGCAACCCAAAUCGCUCGUCAUCCCGACUGGCCCUGCGAAUAUCAGCCAAGGGCCUUGGGUAGCGCUUGCUUCAAGUAGGAAAGGCAAAGAACGGGAACGCCCUACAGCCCCGUUGCCUCCGAAGCCAUCACAAAGCCCGGUGCGGCUGCCUGCACUUCCUCAAGGUCCUAGGUCGAACCUUCCGUACAGUCCUCCGUUGCCUGCCGCGUGUCCCCCUAAAGGACCUCGUAGCUGGCUCGCGUCUCAAGCUCAAGCUCGGUCCCCGACCCUGGCUCCUCAAACUCCACCUAUCGCACCACGGACACUGCCCACUGCGCCACGGGCCAUGCAGCAACAGCAGCAGCAACUUGCGAGCAAUGGAUAUGCCGGGCCUUCCACUAUUGCAUCUCCUGUACCGCAGCCUGGUCAUCCCCAGAUACAAACACAGCCAGCUAACAGCUAUGCUGACGGGCAGCCUACAGCUCUCCCGCCUACCCCACAAUCUGCGUUUCCGCAAAUGCAGCAGCAACAGUCGCAGGGCGCCAUGUACAAUCCCGCAUUCGCAGGCGCUCCGGUUCCAUAUUAUACUGGAGCAGAACCGUCCGAGCCGUGGCACACGCAGUAUGGGAUGAUGACUGUUGCACCACCUCUGCCUCUACCCACCUAUGUCAUAGCGUAUCCUGACUAUUCGAAUCCGGGAGCAUAUACAUACGUACCUGUCCCGACUGCUCCCGCUGGAUAUGCACCAGCAUCAGCACCUGCUCCUGUCGAUCCAUAUGCCGCCGCCGCAGCUGGAGGUGCUACAGUUUUGACAUCAUCCAGUGGGGUUACUCCUGUGGCUGAUGAUGUGUCUACAACUGCCGAUGCAUCUAUGGUUGCUGCUGGUGUCAGUCAGUCCAACGGAUAUCAGGUCAUAUCAGCCACCGAUCCCGACUAUGACCACGAUCGCUCGGACUCUUCAACGCCUGAGCCACCUUCCCCAAGAAGCUGCUCGCGGAGCGGGUGCGAAAGCCAAAGCUCCUCCACAUCGGGCAUGCACCGGAGGUGGACCCAAACAGUAAGACGGGGACGUAUGCGAAGUGCCUCGCCUCGCAGCCGAACCCCUCAUGUACACUUGUGCUAGAUAGCAUCCCGACACGGUUCCGUAACCCGUCGUGGGUGCACAAGUGGGCGGUGAAUGCAGGGGAAGCAGAGCCAGUGUGCAUUGAUGUGGAUACGAAGAACGGGAAGUCGUUG